GAUCCGAGGCCCCGAGGCGGCCCUGCAUCUGGCCCGGGCACGCGGGGGCUGCCUCUGCACCCCCAGCCGAGGGCCGCGGGGCCUGGCCUCGUCGCGGGGUGGAGUAGCCUCCUUGCCCCUGGCCGCCAGCGCCCUGAGUCUGCCUGACCCCUCAGGGGGGCUCGCCCGCGGCCCCCCAUGAGCGCUCCCGGCUGACCCGCAGGGCGGCCGCGGUGGAGCCCGGGCACAGCGGGUACGGCGGGACCAUGGCCUCGCUGGACCUGCCCUACCGCUGCCCCCGCUGCGGGGAGCACAAGCGCUUCCGGAGCCUGUCGUCGCUGCGCGCGCACCUGGAGUACAGCCACACGUACGAGACGCUCUACAUCCUCUCCAAGACCAACAGCAUUUGCGACGGCGCCGCGGCGGCCGCGGCUGCCGCCGCCGCCGCCUCCGGUUUCCCUCUGGCGCCUGAGCCUGCCGCCCUGCUGGCCGUGCCAGGCGCCCGGCGCGAGGUCUUCGAGAGCACGUCCUUCCAGGGCAAGGAGCAGGCGGCCGGGCCGUCCUCCGCGGCGCCCCACCUGCUGCACCACCAUCACCACCACGCACCCCUCGCCCACUUCCCUGGCGACCUGGUGCCCGCCAGCCUGCCCUGCGAGGAGCUGGCUGAGCCGGGCCUCGUGCCCGCCGCCGCCGCGCGCUACGCGCUCCGCGAGAUCGAGAUCCCGCUGGGGGAGCUAUUCGCCCGCAAGUCCGUGGCCUCCUCGGCGUGCUCGACGCCGCCGCCCGGGCCUGGCCCCGGGCCCGCCUCUGCCUCGCCCGCGUCUCCCUCGCCCGCCGAUGUGGCUUACGAAGAGGGCCUGGCUCGCCUCAAGAUCCGCGCGCUGGAGAAGCUGGAGGUGGACCGACGGCUGGAGCGGCUGAGCGAGGAGGUGGAGCAGAAAAUCGCGGGCCAGGUGGGCCGGCUUCAGGCCGAGCUGGAGCGCAAGGCGGCGGAGCUGGAGACUGCGCGGCAGGAGAGCGCGCGGCUGGGGCGCGAGAAGGAGGAGCUGGAGGAGCGCGCUUCCGAGCUCUCGCGCCAGGUGGACGUGAGCGUGGAGCUGCUGGCCUCGCUCAAGCAGGACCUGGUGCACAAGGAACAGGAGCUGAGCCGCAAGCAGCAGGAGGUGGUGCAGAUUGACCAGUUCCUGAAGGAGACGGCGGCGCGGGAGGCCAGCGCCAAGCUGCGGCUGCAGCAGUUCAUCGAGGAGCUCCUCGAGCGGGCCGACCGCGCCGAGCGGCAGCUGCAGGUCAUCAGCAGCAGCUGUGGCAGCACUCCCAGUGCCAGCCUGGGCCGCGGAGGUGGGGGAAGUGGUGCUGGGCCCAGUACCCGGGGCCCAGGCAGGACGCGAGAACACCACGCGGGCCUGGUCAUGCCUAGCACAUACGCGGUGUCACGGCAUGGCUCCUCUCCCAGCACAGGGGCCUGCAGUCGCAUCCCAGCUGCAUCCCAGAGCUCAGGCUGCUAUGACAGUGACAGUCUGGAGCUGCCCCGGCCAGAAGAGGGGGCCCCUGAGGACAGUGGCCCCGGGGGCUUGGGCACACGGGUCCAGGCUGCCAACGGCGGCUUGGAGCGGGCCCAGCCCCCUCGCAGCUCAGGCCUGCGGCGCCAGGCCAUCCAGAACUGGCAGCGCAGACCUCGCCGACACAGCACGGAGGGGGAGGAAGGUGACGUCUCGGAUGUGGGCUCCCGAACCACCGAGUCAGAGGCUGAGGGCCCCUCGGAUGCCCCCCGCCCUGGGCCUGCUAUGGCUGGGCCGUUGAGCAGCUGCCGGCUCUCUGCCCGCCCUGAGGGAGGCAGUGGGCGGGGUCGGCGAGCCGAGAGGGGCAGCCCCUCACGCUCCAAUGAGGUCAUCAGCCCGGAGAUCCUCAAGAUGCGAGCCGCCCUGUUCUGCAUCUUCACCUACCUGGACACGCGCACACUGCUACAUGCCGCCGAGGUCUGCCGGGACUGGCGCUUUGUGGCCCGCCACCCUGCCGUCUGGACACGGGUGCUGCUUGAGAACGCCCGCGUCUGUUCCAAGUUCUUGGCAAUGCUGGCUCAGUGGUGCACCCAGGCCCACUCGCUGACACUGCAGAACCUGAAGCCCCGGCAGCGGGGCAAGAAGGAGAGCAAAGAAGAGUAUGCCCGGAGUACCCGGGGCUGUCUGGAAGCAGGGCUAGAGUCUCUGCUGAAGGCGGCUGGGGGGAAUCUGCUGAUCCUGCGCAUCUCCCACUGUCCCAACAUCCUCACUGACCGUUCGCUCUGGCUGGCCAGCUGCUACUGCCGCGCCCUGCAGGCUGUCACCUACAGAAGCGCCACAGACCCGGUGGGCCAUGAGGUCAUUUGGGCCCUGGGCGCAGGCUGCAGAGAGAUUGUCUCCCUCCAGGUGGCGCCACUUCACCCCUGCCAGCAGCCCACGCGCUUCAGUAACCGCUGCCUACAGAUGAUCGGUCGCUGUUGGCCCCACCUCCGGGCCCUGGGCGUCGGGGGUGCCGGCUGUGGGGUGCAGGGCCUGGCAUCACUCGCGAGAAACUGCAUGCGACUGCAGGUCCUGGAGCUGGACCACGUGUCGGAGAUCACCCAAGAGGUGGCGGCUGAGGUCUGCCGGGAAGGCCUGAAGGGACUGGAGAUGUUGGUGCUCACGGCCACCCCUGUCACCCCCAAGGCCCUGCUGCAUUUCAACAGCAUCUGCCGGAACCUCAAGUCCAUUGUGGUCCAGGUUGGGAUUGCCGAUUAUUUCAAAGAGCCCAGCAGCCCUGAGGCCCAGAAGCUGUUUGAGGACAUGGUGACAAAACUCCAGGCCCUACGGCGGAGGCCCGGCUUCUCUAAGAUCCUGCACAUCAAGGUGGAAGGCGGCUGCUAA